GAAAUCAGAUAGGAGACCCUAUUACUUCUUUCACAUAUUCUCAAACAUCUGUGAGAAUGAUGAAGACCAUUCUUAGCAAUCAGACUAUUAUGUCAACAUCACCACUGAAGGGAUGCACUAUUAUCGUAAAGAGCCCCAAAGGAGACCUGAGAAGAGACUUGAAUCACAUCAUUGUAGAACUAAGUCUCCUUGGAAUGAAAAAGAAGAGGCUCCAACUUGAGAGAAAUAGAAAAGAAAUGGCUAGGUAUAGCCACAUGCAGAACAUUAUCAAGAGCAUUGCACUGGGCUUCUGUUACAAGAUGAGGUCUGUGUAUGCUCACUUCCUCAUCAACAUUGUUAUUCAGGACAGUGGUUCUCAUAUUGAAAUCCAAAAUUUCUUGGGUAAAAAAUACAUCCACAGGGUUCGGAUGAAGCCAGGUGUUGCUUGUUCAUUAUCUCAGGCCCAGAAAGAUGAGUUAAUUCUUGAAGGAAAUGACCGUGAACUUGUAUCAAACUCAGCUAUUUUGAUUCAGCAAACCACAAUAGUAAAAAAGGAUCUCAGAAAAUUUGGGAAAGGUAUCAGUUUCUGA